AUGACCGGAGGACCUGAAGCAAACCGUACGCACUUUGCAACCAAUAUCCUUCCCCUCUAUCACGGGCCGCUUGUCAACAUUCGAAUCGAGCCUAGCAAUUUAGAAUAUGCUAUUUCCAAGGGCCUUCUCUCCGCGAAAUCACCAGUUUUCUCAAAGAUGUUUGAAGGCAACUUUCUAGAAUCCCAGCAGCAGACAGCGAUUCUAAAAGAAGAGGAAUCCAUUGUGUCAGUACGGAGCCUUGCAGCACUUUUUCAAUGGCUUUAUCUCCGCGUUAUCAAAUUUGAUAUAGAAGAUGCUGAGGAGCAUAUGUCGGCUGCCAUGGAGCUGGUGAGGCUUGGAGACAAGUACGAUAUUGUCGGAUUGGACCAUGAAAUGGCCCAAUAUAUUAAGGGCGUACUCCUUGCCAAUCCUCAUCCAACGACCAACCAAUUUCACCGCCAUAUUGACAACAAUACCUACUGCAUUACACGUGAUCAUAUUUUCUCAGCAACUCGCUUGCCUCGAGAUCAUCCAGUGCGAUGUAUUUUGGCUGCUGCGUCAGUCGAAGGGUACCUUCGGAGCGAAACGCACAAGUUUGCUGAGGAAACCCAGCACAAUCCUAUUUUCGGUGCUGAUGUACUCCGAGAGGUGAGGUUGGCACUGAACGGGAUCAAACCUGUUCGAGGCGCGACCUUUGAAGAUCCGAUUACUGGAGUAAGAUCAGAGCUGGACUCAGUCGGACUAUUUUGGGAUUAA